CCACCGACUGAGGGGAGGGAGCAGGCACGCGGGGGAGAGCGGCCGCCACCGUGGAACUCAACUUGAGUUGCUGCUGGGACAAAAACAGCAUGAGAAUCCUCUUGUUUGUUUUGACGCUCGGAGGCUCUCUGGCGUCUGACGCGCUACCUUCUGCCCACCUCGGACCGCCGUCCCUCGGCUUCAGAUCGCCGGGCCGCUCGGUGUGCAAGCCCAUCCCGAGCACCCUCUCUCUGUGCCACGGCAUCGGCUACCGGCACAUGCGGCUGCCCAACCUCCUGGGCCACGACUCCCUGCGGGAGGCCCAGCAGCAGUCGGCCGCCUGGCUGCCGCUCGUCUCCAAGCUGUGCCACCGGGACACCAGGAAGUUCUUGUGCUCCCUGUUCGCCCCGGUCUGCGUGGCGGACUACGGCGGGCCCGUCAGCCCGUGCAGGAGCCUGUGCGAGGCCGUGCGCGACCACUGCGUGCCGGUCAUGAGCGCCUUCGGCUUCCCCUGGCCGGAGAUGUUCAACUGCAGCCGCUUCCCUCGCUUCACCCAGCUCUGCAUCCCUCCCAGCGGGGAGCAGGACGCGCGGACGGCGGAGGUGUUCAGCCACGAGGAAGCCCUCAAAGGAAGCGUCAUUUGCGAUGCCUGCAGUCUGGCAGCCGAGGGGGAGACCGACAUACAGGACGACUUCUGUGAAAGUCCAUAUGCAUUCAAGAUGCGUCUGGGCAGCGUGUCGAAGGUGGGAGGGGACCGUCAGCUGGUGCCUUUGCCCCGAAGCCGCAUCCUGAGGUGGGCAGGGGGAGGCGCGGAGAGGGCGGGGGUCGGAGGCGCGACGGCCCACAAUGCCCUGUGGCUGCAGGAAGGAGGCACUUGCGCGUGUCCCGGAUUGGAUUUCGCGGCGGGGGAGCUCGCGGACAAAAGAGCCAACGGGGUCCGGCCCGGGUGGUACUUGGCGCUGGCUAAGGCCGAGGAGGGGAGGCUGGUUUUGACCCGGCUGGUGCUCUGGACUAGAGGUGACAAAGAGCUCAAGAAGUUCAUCCGGAAUCUCCUGAAACAACACUGCCCCGAGCUGUCGCCGCUCCGUCUUUAAUCAAUUUUUUUUUUUGGUUUUAGCAACGGCCCAUUCUGAAAAUCUCAAGGUAACCAAAUGAAUCACCCACACGCAGACUUUUAAGCGAUGGUGUAAACGAAGACGUGUAAAAAGAUGCUCUGACUCUGCCUUCGGACCACUUGCUUAAAGGAUGGUGCCCCCUUUUAAGGUUUAAGGGAAAUUCCAGUGGUUUGGAUUAACAGUGUGUCCAAUCGGUCACGUCAUAUGUGCUGCACCUUGACAACGUGAUGUUAAUACUCUCCCAUUGAAUGGUGGUUUUAGAAGAUUUUCAUGGGCGCCGCCAUUUUGGCGAGUCACAUGACCUACGGGCGCGGAUGUGACGCAAGGGGUCCGGCAACAAAGAAAUCCUCGCCGGUUUGUAGCGUCUUCACAAUCGGACACGGUAAACCGCCUUGCUGUAUCGCUAAAUUUGGCCAUAAUUCGGAUAGAAAUCUUACUCUUUGUCUUUCGGCUUGUCCCGUUAGGGGUCGCCACAGCGUGUCAUCUGUUUCGAUCUAAGCAUAUUUGGUGUAUCGUCCUCUCUCAUACCCAAAUGUCCUCGCUCACAACAUCCAUCAACCUUUUCUUUGGUCUUCCUCUCGCUCUCUACUCCUUGGCAGCUCCAUCCUUACCAUCCUCCUACCAAUUUCCUCACUCUGUCGCCUCUGGACAUGUCCAAACCAUCGAAGUCUGCACUCUCGAACCUCGUCUCCAAAACAUCCAACGUUGGCCGUCCCUCUUAUGAGCUCAUUUCUCAUCCUAUCCAACCUUCUCACUCCGAGCGAGAACCUCGACAUCUUCAUUUCUCCUCCCUCCAGUUCUGCUUCCUGUUGUCUCUUCAGCGCCACCGUCUCUAAUCCGUACAUCAUGGCCGGCCUCACCACCGUUUUAUAAACUUUGCCCUUCAUCCUAGCGGAGACUCUUCUGUCACAUAGAACACCAGACACCUUCCGCCAACUGUUCCACCCCGCUUGGACCCGUUUCUUCACUUCCUUACCACACUCUCCAUUGUCCAUAAUUCGGAUAGAAAUAAUCCACGAAAUGUUUGCUGGUAUGUUCUGCCCAGUAAGGACAAAAAUAAUCAUUUAAGACCGGAAGUGCCUGGAGAAAACCCACGCAGGCAGGGGGAGAACUUGCAAACGCCACAAAAAUCAAACCCGGGUCCUCAGAACUGUAAAGCCAAUGCUUUACUAGGUGAGCUAGCGUGCUGCUGUUGUGGAGGCUUAUCUUCCACCAAGCCCCAGAUUAUUUAAUUCUCACUUGGACCCCGGCAACCCCGUUGGCAACAGCAUAAGGCCGACCUUUCACUGAUGGGUUCUACCGUCCUUCAUGGCCACGAGUGCAGUCCUCCGCUGGCUCUCCCAAACGCACUCCAAAAGCGAUAGGAUGGGUGAAUGGUGUGUCCCGCGCGUCGGCUGACUCGCGUUCUUCGUCAGAUGAGGAUCCGAGAAAUCAGUGCUGUCCACGAUUGUCUCAGAGUGUAACCGAGGGGGGGAGUGGUCAGACUCCCGUCCGAAGAACCAUCCGAAAACUCCACAUUAUUUACAGCCACAGGUUCAAAUCCUUACGCACGUAUUUCUCCGUCUUCCCGAUCAACCGAUACUGCUAUUUCUCCAUCGGAUGAGGAUAAACCCGAGAAAUCAAAUUUUUUCCCUACAUAAGCGAGCAUUUGUCGCCGCGCCCAUGUGACUCACCAAAAUGGCGGCACCCAUGAAAAUUCGUAAUUGCCGAUUAAAAAUCUUCUAAAAAAAAAAAAAAAAAAAAAAAAAAAAAACAGACGAGAGAGGAUUAACAUCACAUUGUCAAGGUACAGUACAUACGACAUGACCUAUUGGAUACAUUUUUUUAUCCAAACCACCGGAAUUUCCCUUUAAACAGGCGCUAUUUAGUUUUGUUUUUUUUUUUUUAACCUGAAAGGUUUCUACAGUGGUUUAGAUUUUGCUACUAAAGUGUUAAAUAGUCAACUUUCGAAAGCCUCACAUGCCUGGAAAGGAAAUCAAAACAGUUAACAUUCACUGACAAAGUGGUUGCAACCUUUUUAUAUACAUAUAUAUAUAUAUUUUUUUUUUUACAUUUCUGCGUGAAAAGAUCACCUUUAAAUUGGAGUUAAACAGGGUAGUGUUGACCCUUUUACACCAUAAGGUUAUAAUACACAACACUCUUCUCAUAAGUAUAUUCAUACAUAUUUUUUUUGAAGACACAAUGAUAAGGAAACACUCAUUGCUCUUACUCAUACUGUAUGCUGUUUUAUACGAUGAAUAUUGAAUCUUGGAAUAUAACAAGUGGCAAACAGUCAUUUACAUAAUUGAACAGUUAUUGACAUAAUCAGCAGAUCACAUGGCAAAAACAAUUUUAUACUGCAUAUAUCAACAGUUUGUGUGUGUGUCCAUUUUCUAAACGUUUAUGUCAACUGUUGGAUUUGGGAAGAUCUCAGUGUAACUUUAUGUUCACAAUAAUCCAUAAAUGAGGCUUGUAGCCUGUAAUGGUUGUCUUAAAUUUUCCAUAUUUAGCGAGCAAAGUACUGCAUACGAGGUUACACACCUGUUGCCGUUCACCUGAUACAUCAAAUGUGUGCUUCACUUUGUCUCACACGGCAGCGACUCUGCUUCUCUGUAGCUGUAUGGUACCAAAACGCAACUAAAACAUUUGGUCUGUCUGGUUGAAAUUGAUGAAAAGUACGACUCAGCAAUAUUACAUAUGCUGUACUGGUAUUUAUACCUCUGGGUUGUAAUCUUACUGGACAAACACGUGAAGGUGAUGCUUGAAUAAUUCAUCGCGUCAGGGCUCCAUCCUUCGCGCGCACACACACACACACACACACCUUGCUACGUUUGUGUCAGCUGUCGAGCUUGCGAAUGUUUCUCGUAUUUUCCAGCGACUAGGUGAGUAUGUUUUUGCUUGUUUUUUUGUUUUUUUUUUUUACUUGCGAUGCAUUCUCCUCUGGUAAAGGCCUUCUUGUGCAGAGGCGAUAAUACAGAUGCUUCCUCUUUUAUUUUGUGUCAUAGGUGUCAAACUCAAAGCCCGGGGGCCAGAUCUGGCCCGCUGUGUGAUUUUAUGUGGCCCGCAGAGGCAAAUCACGUGUAUCAACUUCCAUGAUUUUGAGAAGAUUGAGCUGUCGUAAGCAUUUUUGCGUGACCAAACAACAAUAGUUGAAAAAAACCAUUAACCUUGAGUUCCGAUUCCAAAACUAGUCCAUAAAUUUCACGCGUAAAUACGAUGAGGCGGUUAAAGAUUUUUAUCGUUUCACAGCCAUAACGGCCCUUUGAGGGGAAACCGCAAGUACAAUGUGGCCCGCGACAAAAAUGAGUUUGACACCCCCGUUUUAUGUGAAAGUUUACAUGACUCCGGUAAUAGAAUUCCUCCUUAUCAUAAACCCGAAAUGUAAUGUAAAUGAAUGAUUAUUACUAUAAAUCCCCAACGCAAUACAGUAUGUCAUUUAUUUUGCCCUUUUCUUUCCUUUUUCG